AUGGUGCAGUGGCGGUGCUCCCUCUGCUUCGCCGUCGUCGCGGCCUCCGUCGCCGCGUCCCUCGGCGCGAUCAUCCGGAAGAACUGGCAACGUACCACGUCGUCGUCGUCGUCGACCAGUGACCCACCGCCCGAGGACGGCAUCGGUGCUCUGUGGAGGAGCUGCUGGCCCGGGGUGCGCCCGGCGUGGCUGCUGGCGUUCAGAGCCACGGCCGUGGUCGCGCUGGCCGCCGUUCUGCUGUGGGACCUGCGGACCUACGACCCCAGCAUCAUGAUGUACUACACGGAGUGGACGCUCUUGCUAGAGAUCGCCUAUUUCGCGGUUGCCACGCUCUGUUCCGCGCACGGGUGGCUGAAGUAUUAUUCAGGGAGUCGCGCGAACCAACCCGAGAGCAACGCCGGAUUGCUCUGCCGCAGCCGUGCCGACGAGCCUGACGGCGGUGCUGGGGAGAGCGCUGGGCGAUUGAGACACUUCAUGCAAAUUGUCUACCAGGUCAGCGCCGGCGCGGUUGUGCUGACGGAUGUGGUCUUCUGGGGCCUGAUAGUACCGUUCAUGUCAUCAGCGCAUUUCAGUCUUAAUGCAGUGAUGGGAUGCAUACACUCUUUCAACCUUGUCUUCCUACUGAUAGAGACGGCUCUUAACACCUUGGCCUUCCUAUGGUUCAGAAUAGCAUACUUCAUUCUAUGGACUUGCUUGUACGUGAUUGCCCAGUGGAUCGCGCAUGCGUGUGGCUUGAUAUGGUGGCCUUACCCUUUUCUCAGUCCCGCAUCUUCCUGGGCACCGCUGUGGUAUUUCGCCAUGGCAUUGCUUCAUUUCCCAUGCUACCUUGUUUAUUGGUGGAUUGUUAGGGAAAAGAGUAGCUGCCUCCACAAACUAUCAGAUUGUAAUUAG